UACAAACCCACCACACCGACAAAACACCAUCAUCAUCAAUGGCGCUGCUGCAACUGUCAAAGCUGCCGUUAUUCCGCCGUUGUGUGUGGCUUACUUCUACCAAUGAAAUCUUGUUGUUUUCCCAGCAUACUAACUUCUCUUAUCACCCAGUGAGUCGGACAACGGCUCGUAAAGAUUGUCCGAUAAGAAGCUUUGCAUCUAUGAAAUCCCCAAAAGUUAUAGCAUCAAAGAAGAAGAAGAGACUGGAUGAAGUAUGUCUGGAUAGGUUUCAGCAAUAUAGUCGAAAUUACAUUCAAUCAUGGAUCCUACAAGGCAAGGUACUUGUUGAUGGAAGAGUUGUAACUAAAGCUGGACACCCCGUCUCUGACAAAGCGAUUGUGGUGAUCAAGGCGCAAAUACCAAAAUAUGUAUGUAGAGCAGGACAUAAGUUAGAAGCUGCACUUGAACAAUUAGGUGUCGAUGUGAAGGGGAAAGUGGCUCUUGACUCCGGGCUGUCGACCGGCGGGUUUACUGAUUGCUUGCUUCAGCAUGGCGCUUCUUUUGUUUAUGGUGUUGAUGUAGGUUACGGACAGGUUGCAGAAAAAAUUCGUACAGAUGAGCGUGUAUCUGUUAUUGAGAGGACUAACUUGAGAUAUCUAACUGAGCUUCCUCAGAAAGUUGACUUGGUGACUUUGGAUCUCUCAUUCAUUUCUAUACUUUUGGUCAUGCCUGCUGUUAUCAAUCUGAUGAAAGAAGAGGCUACACUGAUUACCCUAAUUAAACCUCAAUUUGAGGCUCGAAGAUCACAGGUGGGAGGAGGUGGGAUUGUGAGAGAUCCCUUGGUUCAUCAAGAGGUGCGUGAGAGGAUCGUGAAGGGUAUAGAAGAUCUUGGUUUCCAAUGCACGGGCUGGAUAGAGUCUCCUAUAAAAGGUGCUGAAGGAAACAUAGAAUUCUUGGCCUGUUUUAGCAGAACAACAGAGAAAAGUGUGGAUGCACCCGUUACAACAGAGAAAAAUGCUGAUUUACCAGUCACAACAGAGAAAAGUGCCGAUUCACGGGUCACAGCAGACUAAAAUAUUGAUUAUUUACAAUAGAGUAGAUACAUAUUGUAUAAUGAAAACAAUCAGGUUGCAGACCGCAGUUUGUGUAAAUUUUUGUGGUAACAAUUUAAGUUGAAAUAUUUUUUUUGAGUUAAUAAUGAAUUUUUGCAAGGCAAUAAGCAAACUACCA